AUGAAAGAAACUGGAAGUAACAAUAGUGGAGGGACUAACGGAGCUGAGAUAAAAAAACCAAAUUACGAGUUAAAGUAUACGUUGGUGGGGCACAAGAAAGCUGUGUCUAGCGUAAAAUUCUCUCCUGACGGAAAAUGGCUGGCUAGUUCUUGUGAGUAUAAUAAUGUAACGGAUACUGUAGCAACACGCAUUUCUCAGCCUUUUGCUCUACAUAGACCGACUGCCGACAAAACAAUCAAAAUUUGGAAUGCAUUAGACGGCAAAUUUGAACGAACAUUAGAAGGACACUCGAAAGGUAUUUCUGAUGUAGCCUGGGCUGUUGACUCGAUGUAUCUUUGUUCCGCUUCUGAUGAUAAAACAAUACGAAUCUGGAGUUUAAAUUCGACAGCUUGUGUCAAAACACUAUCAGGCCACACAAAUUUCGUGUUUUGUGUGAAUUAUAAUCCGCAGUCAAGUUUAAUUGUGUCAGGGUCGUUUGACGAAAGCAUACGAAUCUGGGAUGUGAAAAAAGGAGUGUGUAUGAAAGUGUUGGCUGCACAUUCUGAUCCGGUCACCGCCGUACACUUUAAUCGCGAUGGCACGAUGAUUGUGUCGUGUAGUUAUGAUGGGUUAAUUCGUAUUUGGGAUACAGCAACCGGUCAAUGUUUAAAAACCUUAAUUGAUGAUGAUAAUCCACCAGUAUCCUUUGUAAAAUUCUCACCAAAUGGAAAAUACAUACUUGCCUCGACACUUGAUAACACGCUUCGCCUAUGGAACUACCAUUCCGCGAAAUGUUUGAAAACGUAUCAGGGACACGUGAACAACAAAUACUGUAUAUUUGCGAAUUUUUCCGUAACUAGCGGGAAAUGGAUAGUAAGUGGGAGCGAGGAUCAUUGCAUCUAUAUUUGGAAUUUGCAGACUAAAGAGAUUGUGCAGAAACUUGAAGGGCAUGAAGAUGUGGUGUUAUGCGUGGCAUGCCAUCCUACACGAAAUAUUAUUGCGUCUGGUGCCAUUGAAAACGAUCGAACAGUAAAAUUAUGGUUUGAUACAACCUAA